AAUCAUUCAGCUUUUCCCCAUUCAAGUAGUGUGAAUUUUAACUUGACCAAACCAACAUAAAUACUGACAGAUUGCAUUAAUAGACAAAUGUAGUGCAAUUAGAAAAUGUCCUAGUUUAUAUCAAUUCACGGUCCUUCUGUGAGCCUGACGGCUGGUGUCAAAGGUUACGGUAGUUCAUCAGAUGACGACUCAUUUCCCCAUUGCAGAGGGCUGAAUUUCCAAUAUUUGUCAUCUCGGGAGCCGACAGCAGAGGAUCUGCUCUCACCAAGUCACUCCAUUAAAGCGAAAUAAAGUCACCUUCACACUUCACACAGGACUAAAUACAGCCCAUAUGAAUACAGCAGAGAUUUACUAUAAUGAUUUAUUUUAUGUUUGUAACAUGCAGAACUACUCUUCAUCUUUUAAUCACUCUCCUAAUCAUCAAAAACAACCAUUAUUGGAGUUUAGCUUUGGAGGUAAAAACCUAGAGAAUGAGGAAAUUUGCCAAUACGUUCAAAAUGAGGAAAAGCCGAUGGCAGAAGACGUCCAGUCAUUGUGAAAGUUGCCACUUCUCCUCAUGGGAGUUUUGAGGUUUUAAGUCACAUCGGAAAUUUAGUGGUCCAGCCUUCAGACUCCGUACUGACCUAUAAAAGACGGCUGCACUCGGAUGUUUUAUCACUUCUUGACGUUGUUGAGGGACCACAAUGCUACGCAAGGGCAUCACAGGGAGCUUUGGAGCUGCUAUCCACGGCCUCAACACCCCCCAGCUGACAGAUGGCGUGAUUAACAGGAGCAAAAGGAUGAUGCUGGACACCCUGGGCGUCGGGCUGAUAGGAACCAGGACAGAUGUCUUCAAGAAGGCGCUCGCAUACAGCAAGCUGUUCAGGUCUGACGAGAUGAGCAGGGUUUGGGGUCAAACAGAGCUCAGUCUCCCUCCUCCCUACGCCGCGUUCGUCAACGGCAUCGCGGUUCACUCCAUGGACUUUGAUGACACUUGGCACCCAGCGACUCACCCCUCUGGAGCCGUGCUGCCCGCCCUGCUGGCCCUGGCAAAGACGCUGCCCAGGCCGCCCUCGGGUCUGGACCUGCUGCUGGCCUUCAACGUCGGCAUCGAGGUGCAGGGGAGACUCAUGAGGUUCUCCAGAGAGGCCUACAGCAUCCCAGAGAGAUUCCACCCUCCCAGCGUGGUGGGGGUGAUGGGAAGCGCCGCAGCCUCAGCCAAGCUGCUGGGUCUGUCCCCGGCACAGUGCGCCCACGCUCUGGCCAUCGCCGCCUCCUCUGCCGGGGCCCCGCUGGCCAACGCCGCCACGCAAACCAAACCCCUGCACGUGGGGAACGCUGCUCGCCGAGGCCUGGAGGCCGCCCAGCUGGCCCGCAUGGGGCUGGAGGGGAACCCAGACAUCCUGGACGUGAGCGGCGGGUUUGGCGUCUACUACAAGGACUACGGUCCUUCAGCAAUGGAGGGGUCGUCCUCCACGGACUUCAGGUGGAUCCUGGAAGACCAGGACGUGGCGUUCAAGCGCAUCCCCGCUCACCUGGGGAUGCACUGGGCGGUGGACGCGGCCCUGGCGGCUCGCGCAAAACUCGUCGCCGCGGUCGGUAACUUUGACCUCGGCCGCGUCAGAAAGGUCACACUCAGGGUGCCUCCGUCCAAGUACGUCAACUGCGCCUUCCCCGCCACGGAGCACCAAGCCAGGCACUCGUUUCAGUUCAACGCCUCCUCCGCCCUGCUGGACAACAAGGUGACGGUGUCUUCCUUCAGCAGAGCGCACGUCGACCGGCCCGCCCUGAAGGAGCUGCUGUCCAAAGUGCAGGUGGAGACCCCUGGAGACAACCCACCCAGCUUCGACCAGAUGUACUGCGAGGUGGAGAUCGAGACCGCGCAGGGCCAGAGUCACGCGGCCAGGUGCGACACCUUCUACGGCCACUGGAGGAAGCCACUGAGUCAAGAGGACCUGGUGGAGAAGUUCAGCGUUAACGCGUCCUCCGUGUUGUGCACGGAGGGGGUGGAGGGCGUGAUCGACGUCGUCGGGAACAUUGAGAGCGUGAGGGAAUGCUCGAUCCUAAACGCGUACCUGAGCAUGACGAGCGGUGAAGAGGAGCAGCUGUACAGCACGAGGAGCAUGUGAUUGUUCACCACUUUUAUGAAAAUGGCUUUAACUUAACUUCCGCAACAAUCACUGUAAAUAUUUUGUAUUCAGCAUUUUCUUCCACGGGCGCAAGAAAUAAAGCACGCUGAGAAAGUCAA